GGAUUGAGCAGAAAAGCCCCAAAGAUCGCAGAGCAAUGAAUAGGAGAACCAUAUCCAAAGAAAAAUUCAUAGAAAAUGUUGAACUCCAUCCCAUGCGGCAACAAGAAGAUACAGACAUAGCAAUAGUGGGUGGAGGAAUUUGUGGCCUUGCCACCGCUCUUGCUCUUCAUAGGAAGGGUAUUAAUGCUCUGGUUUUUGAGAAAUCAGAGACAACUCGAGCAGUAGGGUCAGCAAUUACCAUCUUCACGAAUGGUUGGCGAGCUCUUGAUCAGCUGGGUGUUGCAUCUAAGCUGCGAUCUACUGCAAUUCCAAUCACUGGGCUGCAUGAACUAUCUUUGGAUGAUGGUUCCAGCCAAAAGAUACCACUCAGGAGUGAAGAACUGCGGUGCUUAAAACGGAGUGUCCUAAUUGAAACUCUAGUCCAGGAGCUUCCUGCUAGCAUAUCAUACUUUGGAUGCCAAGUAGUGACCAUAAAAUCAGAUCCUCUUACUGCUUUUCCUAUACUUCAUUUUCGUGAUGGUAAUUCCAUUAAAGCUAAGUUUGUGAUAGGAUGUGAUGGAGCAAACUCCGUUGUGUCCAAGUUUCUUGGAUUAAAACCUGCCCAAUAUUUAUCCUCAUGCUCGAUACUUGGUUUCACAAAUUAUCCUCAUGGCCAUGGUCUGGAAAGUGAGUCUAUUCGGAUGAGGAGAGGAAGCAUUUCUGUUGGCCGAAUUCCAGUAGAUGAUAAAGUUGUUUACUGGUUUGUGGGACGAAAGUGGACACCCCAAGAUUCAGAUAUCUCGAAAGAUCCAGAGAUGAUUAGAGAAUCUGCAUUGGAAUCAACUGGGAAUUUUCCAGAGGAAGUUGUGGAAAUGAUAAGGAAAUGUGACAUUGGAUCGUUGAUUCUCACAAGAUUGAAAUAUCAUGCUCCAUGGGAUAUCCUGUUUGGGAGAUUCACAACAGGCACAGUGACUGUAGCCGGCGAUGCCAUGCAUUUAUGGGCUCCAUUCCUUGGACAAGGUGCCUCAGCUGCAAUAGAAGAUGCAAUUGUUCUUGCUAGGUGCUUAGCACAACACCUGACACGCAACAAAGUUCAAGCACCACUGCAAACUUAUGUGAAGCAGCGGAGAAUGAGAUUGGUGAAGUUGUCUACGCAAACAUAUCUUACUGGCAUGCUUUUGGAACCAUCAUCUGUUAUAGUUCACUACCUGUGUUUGAUGCUAUUAAUGGUCUUCUUUCAUGACAUGCUUGGUCAUACCCGCUAUAAUUGUGGCCCCCUUUAGCUUGAUACUUGGGUAAAUUUGGGUUUCAAUUGGAAAUCUCUGUCAUAUAGUUACACAAGACCUUCAAAUUGAAGUAUUUUAAGUUGGAAACUGAUGUGUUCUCUUGUUUUUCCUAUGUACAUAUUUCAGAAUAUACAUGACUGGAACUUCUUAUCUU